AUGGAUUUGGAAUUGGUGAAAGGGCUAUUGGAAACCAUCCGAAAUGCAAUGGUUUCAAAUAAGCGGCACGACGACGUCGCGGUGCCAAUUUUCGAUCCGGACGAAAGCAACGACGGAGCAGCUGCCUAUGCAAAUUAUUUCAAUAUGGAUUUGGAAUUGGUGAAAGGGCUAUUGGAAACCAUCCGAAAUGCAAUGGUUUCAAAUAAGCGGCACGACUACGUCGCGGUGCCAAUUUUAGAUCCGGACGAAAGCAACGACGGAGCAGCUGCCUGGUGCGAAAGCUUCGAUAUUAUUUGGGAGACGAGUUAA